AUGGCGAAAGCGUUGUUGGCAUCCAUUCUGAUCGAUGUUCCGUCGGCUUCAGGAUGCUGCUGUGGAGUGUGGACGCAAGAGUUCUGGCAAGAUGGCAACGCAACCGACGAAGAGAGGGAAGGUUUGUUUGAGGCGAGUCUCAGACCUUUCAAAAACAGGGGCUCAGCAGCUCUGAUGCAAAAGAGGCUGUUAAGCUACGAGUGCCCAUACGGGCAAGCAUUGCCACUCGAUGUAACUUGGCCAGCUGUCCCUGAAGAGCUCACAGACAUGGUGGAGCCCUUUACCAUCCUCAAGUUCUUUGCGGUGGUCUACGCGUACUUGCCCUGGAUUCCG